AUGCUAUCGAAUGAUCUGGUCUAUGAGCUAUUCGACUAUUUGGAUUCGUACAACAUCUAUAUGAUAUUCAGUCAGUUGAACACACGAUAUACAUGUUUAAUUAAAUCGUUACGAAUGACUAUCGAUAUGAACUAUAUCACACGAACAAUGUUUCACCAUUAUCUCUAUCUUAUCAUUCCGAAUACACUUAGCCAAAUAACAACAUUGAAACUGUAUAACAAUAAAACAGUAAAGCAAAUCGAAUUAUUCUUUGAAAUAUUUAAUGAUUUAUCGUUGUUUACUCAUAUCAAAUCGUUGUAUCUGAAUGCAGUUAAAGAGAAAGAAUUGACUAAAAUCGUUUUACAAUUACCAAAAUUGCCACUCUUGACAAAUCUGUCAGUCGUUCUUUCUAAAAGUGAUCGAUACCGUGGAUCGAAUAUUGUCAAUUUCAAUAUCAUAUUUAGUCAACAGAUAGCAUCGCUAAAACAUAUUAGCAUUGUAUUAAACAAUAAACGAUUCUAUCUGAAUGAGAUGAACGAAUAUGUUUCUUCAAUCGAAACAGUAACAAUCAAUCCAUUGCAUUAUGACGACAUGAUUAAUUUAUUUAGAUACAUUCCACACGUAAAGCGUCUAACAGUCAAUUUGAUUAAUGUCGGUUCCAGCGCUAGUGACAGUGACAGUUCCAUUUCUAUAGAUGAAUCGGACACAGUAUCUGCUGAUGAUUCAUGGUCAAAAAAAGACGAGUCAUCAUCAAGUGAUUAUGAAGCGAUGCCACUUAUACAUCUGCCUGUCUCAAUGUCAAAUUUAAUAUAUUUUAAAUUAAAUGCAAAGCAUACAGAGUUUAAUCAAAUUACAUCUGUUUUUAACCAAAUGCCAAAAUUGAAAUAUUUAUCACUUCAAUCUGAAAACGAAGAUUUUCUUGAUGGUUUUCGAUUAGAACGAUGUCUGUCAACAUCACUUAUAGAACUAAAACAUUUCGAAUUACUUGUACUGUCGAACUAUGAUAAUAUUGUAGACAGUGACGAAAACAAUGAGGAUGAAGAGUAUGAAGUAACUCUUACAAUGAAUGUAGAUAAAAUAUUGAAAUCAUUCAAGACAGAUUAUUGGCGUCGACACGAUUGGAAUUUUGUAUGUGACUAUUCGGGUUUGAAUGAAUAUUUCGAUUUACAACUAUACACUAUGCCAUAUUUAUCCAACACAUAUCAUUUAGUAUUAGGAGAUCCUGAUCAAGUAAUGAUGAUUAGAUCAACUGCCAAAAUUGGGAUAAAAGAUGAUAUCGCUUACAAAAAUGUUGAUUGUCUCGAUCUCUAUCUAGAAUCACCUCACACCUAUAAUCGUAUAUAUCAACAUGAACAACAGUUAGAUCGACGAUAUUUAUCUGUUACCACAUUAAAAUUACAAACUAUGGAUGAUGAAUUAAAAAAAUGGCGUUUACCUUUUAUGUUAUCGGCUAUUGAAAAUAGUAUUGUAGCGUCAAAUUUGAAAUGUGUCUGUUUAGAGACAGAACUCAAUACUAGUUUCUUGCUGAAAUUAUUAGAAAAAGCUCCCAAUGUUAAAGUAUUAAAAAUACUCAAUGAUACUACAGACAUUUUAUGUAAUAGGCAAUUGUGUGCAAUAAUUAAUCAACAAAUAAAACAGUUGUCUUUUUCAAGUACAGUCUAUUUAAGAUAUAAUCAGAUUAAAACAUUUUGUUCACUUUUAGUUAAUAUUGAAUAUCUAAGAAUUAAAUUUGAAAAAACAAAUGAUCUACAAAAGUCGUUGACUAGGUUUAUGGAAAGAAUGACGGCAUUACGAUUUUUAAAAAUAUACAAAUUUGAAUCAGAUCGAUAUGAUAAGAAACUCAUAUCAUUUUUUAAUCAAUGUGAGCAACAAUAUAUUCUUGAUAAUGAACAUAAAUAUUCUUUAUCGGUUUGGAUAAAAUAA